ACAUCUACCGAAGUGGACUACAUUGGCGCCAAAAACAUGGCCACUGCGAAAAUAAAAAAGCUCCCUUUCAACUGUGACAUUGAGAGAAGCAGGAUGAUAGACGCAAGUUAAGAUCUGUGGUGGAGUUAUUUCAUUUUUUUUAUUUUUAUUUUCUGGACGCCUGAACCGAUUUGACUUCAGUGCUGAGGUGUCACCCACUCAGGGAUAUGAGUCUGUCUUUGGAGUGAAAGCCCUUCCAUGUGGAAAGCUUCGCUAGCUGCAAGUUUGGAUUUGCUUUGCUCGCCAGCACUGCUGGGAACCUACAGUUCUCACGUUUCACGGAUUAUUCAUCCACUCUGUGGGGGGGAGUUCAUUGCUGAAAAUGCCAGGGGGGAGUUCAUUCGUAGGUAACACGUCCUCCUAAAUUGGAUCCUCCUCCCCGAGGGUUUGGAUUUGUCUACAACCGCCUCUGCUGUCUGCUGGAGACUUGAAUGGCUUUGUAAAAGGAACUUUUUGGUCUUCUGUUACUGGUCACCCGUCCGAACUGAGACGCUGCAGGACUUUGGAGUGAGUCCAUCAUGGCCGCUCCAAUGUUUUUGCUCAUGUUGAACUUUUCACUGGCCAUGUUACUGGGCCUGACCACCCUGAGUGGACUGAGCUCAUGCCCGUCGGGACAAGUUUCAGCGCAGGUCUCUUCCAACAACCAGAGCACAGAUUCGUCUGUGUUACCAGAGGCGGCACUGGCAACACCGACGCCGGACCCAGAGCUACAGACGGACUCAACCGGCGGGAACCGCUGCUGGGGGUACUACGACGUCAUGGGCCAGUGGGACCCACCAUUUAACUGCAACGCAGGCAUCUACCUGUUCUGUUGCGGCUCCUGCUUCUACCGGUUCUGCUGCCAGUUCAGAGUCCACAGUUUGGACCAGACCUCCUGUUCCAACUACGACACACCCGUGUGGGCAAACACCGGGAAACCGGGGCUGCCCGUCACAGAGGUCCACCAGGAACCCGAUCGGGAUCGGACCCACAUGAUCGUUUACAUUAUCUGUGGGGUGGUGGCCAUCAUGGUGCUGGUGGGGAUAUUCACAAAACUCGGACUGGAGAAGAGUCAGGGAGGUCAAACGGACAUGACAAACUCAAGGACUCUGACGGAGCUUCUGAAGCAGCCGGGCGAGGCAGGAGUGGUGGAUGGAGCUGGGAUUCAUCAUCCCAUCGGGACGAACGGCAUCACGGCCAGAACCAUGCGCACCAACAAUGAUCACAACCACUUGAACAAUGCAGCUCUACCCCCGCUGGGACCGGCCAUGGCCUUGUCUCACCCUCACAACAACCUGGGAAUCGGCUUCAAUAAGUACACCUCGCUCAAGGCCGUAGACACAGGUGUGAGAGACUACUACAAGAGCUACCCAAUGGUAGAUUACACCCACCGCCAAUCCCCUCCGACCUUCCAGCCAAUCAACUUCCACCCCAAGGACAAGCCCUUCCUGCCGCCUCCUGACGUCCACGCACCUCUCGCCAUCACCAUCAACGCCUCCCAGAUGCCCAAGCCCAAGAUCUCCAAGACCAACACGCACCCGCUCACCUCCAGCUCGGCCUUCAAAGCGUGGGACCCGAGUAAGAGCCACAUCCCGCACCCGACGGCAACCCACAUGGGCAUCAGCGCGCAGCAGCAGCAGCACCACCCCAUCCAGCAGCAGCACCACCAGGCGCUGCACCAGCAGAACAGUCGGCGCCAGGCCUACUCCAACAAGAGGCAGUUCAGCAUCGAGACGUUGCCCGAGCUCUUCUCGCAGCCGCUGGGCUACGGCCACUCGCCGCACAUGCACCCCAAGCACAAGGGACUGGCCACCAACAGCAAGACGGAGGUGACGGUGUGAGCGAAACGGGAGUCGAGGGGAAGCGCUCCGAUAUCCUUUAUAUCCACAGCUACCAUGUUGUGUAGCGAGCAAAUAUCACAUCUGGGAUUUUUAUGAACUGCAUUUUCCUCAGCAUUUUUAACUGGAACAAAAAAUAACAGCGCACGCGAGUGUGUGUGUGUGCGGCAUUUGUAUGUUUCUGAGACCACCGGAUCGAAACCCCAACGGAUGAGCCGUGAAGGUGACGUAGCAGCAGGUGUCAGCUGUGACCCUUUGAGCCUGGCAGCUUUUCUAAAUAAUUGAGUGGCCUCUUGGUGCGUUGACACACCUCUCUGGAUUGUCUCUCUCUCUCAACUUUGCCACAUUCAGCUCCACUCUGUAGCCGCUCUCCACCACGUCCAUGUGUUCAGAUUCCACUCAGAGACUUUUCUUACCCUUAACCCCAAAGUCCAGACUCCGAGGCUAUGAGAGAAGCCGGCAGGGAGACGUUUUUUCCUUUUUUUUUAUGCCCCUCAAAGUUUGGCUUCUCAUCAGCUGAAACAAUAUCAUUGGGUUGUCAGCUCUCGUUGCCCUCCAGUCUUUUUAAGAGUGAGAUAUCAGCCUUGCAAUUCAUACCAGAGAGGAGGGCAGGAGACGGGAGUGAGGGUGGGAGGCAUUCAUCUCAAUCCAGAGGCAAACGCGAUGAGAAGGGAUCCAAACCGCGUGCAGAGCCACACAUGCAAAACGUGCACACGCUCGUCAAAUUUUACCGAGAGUCUCUGGCGAUGUCAGGAAGCCCGCAGACUCCACAUCUACUCCCCUGGAGACAAACAGAAACACAAUUUUCUCUCAAAACUCUAAUUCUCCUAGACUUGUGAAAUGAAUCAGUGAGCUGUCUCAUUGGGAGCUAGAGCUUGAUGAUGUUUUUAUAUAUAUAUAUAUAUAUAUAUAUAGCGACUGAUGCUUUAAAACAGGACAGAAAAGUCCAAUUUGUCCAGCCAGAUCACUGUGAAGAGGAGCUUCACAAACACACCAGAGAAUCCGUCAACUGCAUAUCUGGUGUUUCUAUUUGGGUUGAGUACAUUCUCUAAGAUUCCCCUUGCUAUUUUCAUCUCCAUAUAUAUAAAGUUCUUUGUAAAAAGUAUCUGUACCCCUUGCAGUCGGAAGCACAAACGUUAUUGCGUCAACAAUUGCUAGAGAAUAAAUGGUAUUGAAGACCAAGGAGCACAAUAUCCCAAGUUUUUAGCUUAGGUGGAUGCGGCUGUCGACCAAAACUAAAAGACUAAGUAGGGAGAAGAUUAAUUGAGAGAAGUGAACAAAGAGGUCCAGGGUAAUUCUUAGGGAUAUACAGAAAAAUCCAGAGAAUCUGUUAUCAGGAAUACUAAAUUCAGCCUCUAUGGAGGAGUUGCAUGUAGAAAGUUAUUCUUUAAAGAAAGCUUUAAAUUUGAAAUUUGCCUCAAGCCAUUUAGGCAAAACAGAUCUAGUUAGAUGCUGCAAAAGUCUGGGAUUCAAAGUUCACUUUCCAGCUUUAAAACUCUUAACAUAUUGCUGGAGACACAAUGAUGAUACAAACCAAAACAUAUUUGUGUAUUAGAAUGGUCCAGUCAAUAUAAAGAUCUAAAUCCAAUUCAGCCUUUACCACCACACUGAUUUUUAAAGUCGCCCUCUGUCCAAUUUGACUCAGCUUGAGCUAUUUAGCAAAGAACAGUCAAACAUUUCAGUCUCUAGAAACACAAAGGGGUGGAGUCACCGCUCCAGAAAGAACACAUCAAGAUUUCUGAUUGGAGCUUUACAAAAUGUAGAAAAGCUCAAGGGGUGCGAGUAUGUUUGUGCAAGGCUCUGUAUGCACACCGGCUUCCUUCUUAACAACAUGGAGUGUUUCUGGGUGUAAGGAGAGAAAGCACCAGAGAACAAGAGCACCUUCUCCUGGAUGGAGCCGUUUGAUGCGAGUGUUUAGUGCUGCUGCUUGCGCUGCAGUUUGCUUCACUCCAUCUUAAUGAAGUGUCUCAGCACUACACGUGAGUGACUGCCAGCACUUAAACAAAUCACUAAUGUAAUUCAUGCCUCGGAUGCACACAGCUUACACAUCAAGAGAGCUUACUUGGUCUGAGGCCAUGCUUUCAUCCAAAUGGGGGAAAAACAAAAUGAGAGUUUGUUGGGGUUUUUUCCCUGGCAAUUUAGAUGUUCGGAUUUACGGUUUUCUAAUGUGACCUAAAAUCUUUUGUUUUUGUGUUGACGCCUUAGUCGUCCUACUGGCAGGAUUUAAGGAAUGCAACAUCGAGCAAGACUUGCUUCAAUGUUCUGUUGGGUUGAAAUCCUUCGUAACAUCGUCUUUUGUCCAAAAUCUUCAUUUCAGUUUUGCAGCACAUUCACAUUCUCAACACGUCGCAUGCGGACGCUUGAUCACAGGCCUACCGUGUAACAUUUGAUGGCCCCAGAUAUCCCCUAGGGCCGCUCUUCAGUGUGCAGAGUAGUGAUUUACACCAGCAGCUCUCUGAAUGAGAACAGUUAAUCUGAUUGUCGGGAUGCUGCAGAGGCAAUAGAAAGCGAGGAGACCCUUCUUUGGUUAGAUUUGAUAGUAAGACUAUCUAUGACUAUCAAUUAUCCAAUCAAUGCUUGUUCGCCUUGUUCUCCGUUUGACUUGUCAAGCAUUGCAGUCGGUUGUAAUAAAACCAUUUUAAAUACAGAGCCCCUGACUAACUAUACCAGUACCUUUUGAAUUUUUUUUA